ACCACCGGCCCGGAGCGCAGCGCGGGGCCGGGGGCCGCCCCGGGCCGGGCCAGUGCCGGUACCGGGGCCGGUGCCGGUGCCGGAGCUGUCCAGUGCUGAAGGCUCCGGCCCGGCCCCGCCAUGCCCCGCUCCUUCCUGGUGAAGAAGCUGAAGGCGGACGCGUUCCCUCUCGCCGGGGCCCCCGCGCCCCCCUACGCACUGGAGCCCCCCUACGCGCUGCCCGGCCCAGCUGCCGGAGAUGGGUACCUGCAGCACUGCCUGGCACCUGCCGGCUACAACCCCGACAAGAAGCAGGGGCUGCCGCCGGCACCGCAGGACCCGGCCUACGCGCCCGGCCAGGAGGAGUACAGCGACCCCGAGAGCCCCCAGUCCACCUUCUCCGCCCGCUACUUCAACGGGGAGGCAGCGGUGACGGACAGCUACUCCAUGGACGCCUUCUUCAUCACCGACGGGAGGUCGCGUCGACGCGGGGAGAGCCAGCGCCGCGGCAGCCACCGCCACUCCUGCCCCGAGUGCGGCAAGACCUACGCCACCUCCUCCAACCUCAGCCGGCACAAGCAGACCCACCGUAGCCUGGACAGCAAGAUGGCCAGGAAAUGCCCGACCUGCGGCAAGGCUUACGUCUCCAUGCCCGCCCUGGCCAUGCACGUCCUCACCCACAACCUCAAGCACAAGUGCGACGUCUGCGGCAAAGCCUUCAGCCGGCCCUGGCUGCUGCAGGGCCACAUGCGUUCGCACACUGGGGAGAAGCCCUUUGGUUGCUCUCACUGUGGCAAGGCCUUCGCCGACCGCUCCAACCUGCGCGCCCACAUGCAGACCCACUCCGCCUUCAAGCACUACAAGUGCAGGCAGUGCGAGAAGACCUUCGCCCUCAAGUCGUACCUCAACAAGCACUACGAGUCCGCCUGCUUCAAGGGCUCCGAACACAGCUGUGCAAUAGGGAACUAGUCCCCGUGCCCUCCCCCCCUCGCCCCCACCGCACCCCCCCACCACCUCUACCCCUCCCCAUCCUGGUGCCAGUUGCC